AUGAGUAGCCGUAAACAGCCGAAUGGAGAGAUAAGGCCACAAGAUUGGGAUAGUCUAGCUCGGGAUAUUCGUGAAAUUCAUAAAAGAAAUGCGUCGAUCCUAGGUUUUGAAGGACUUUAUCGUGAUGCAUUUAAUAUGGUGCAUCAUAAAAAUGGAGAUAAAUUAUAUAAUAGUGCAAGUAGUUCACAAACAAACCCUAAUGGAGCUGAUGGGGCAAAUUUCUUGAAAGUUUUAAAACCUGUUUGGGAGGAUCAUACUACAUGUAUGCUUAUGAUUAGAGAUAUUUUAGUGUAUAUGGAUCGGGUUUACACAAGAAAUGCGAACGUUCCUCGUGUUUAUGAUCUCGGAUUGGAUCUAUUUAGAGACAUAAUCGUCCGAUCACCGAAUUAUCCAAUUCAGACUCAUCUUCUUGAAGCACUUUUACAGCAAAUUAAGCUUGAACGAGAGAAUGAAAUUAUAGAUCGUACUAAUGUGAAAGCAGUAAUUGACAUGUUACUGGAAUUAACUGACGCGUCGACCAAAGAUACAAUUUAUGCAAUUGAUUUCGAAAAUAAGUUCUUAGAAGCAAGUUCGGAAUACUAUAGAGUUGAGGGAGUAGGAGAAUAUGAUACUUCAGAAUACAUGAAAGAGGUAGAUAAGCGACUGAAUAAAGAAGAGCAGCAACCAAAGAUUCGUAAUAUUGUAGAAAAGGAGUUAAUUUCAAAACAUUUUAAGACAGUGAUUGAGAAAAGUUUAAUUCCUAUGCUAAGAAACGAAAAAAUGGAUGAUCUUGGAAGAAUGUAUAAAUUAUUCGGGCGAGUUGUAAAAGGUCAUGAUGAAAUGAAAUCUGCUAUUAGUGAUUAUAUACGUGAACUUGGUAAAGCGAUUAAUGAAACAGUAACAAGUAAUACAACUGCCGAAGGUGGUAAUGCUGCGUCUGGUGAUAAACAAACCGAAGUUACUGUUGCUUUAAGAUGGGUACAGGAGGUUCUAGACCUUAAAGACAAAUUCGAUAAAGUUCAGAAUUUAGUUUUAUCUAAUAAUAAAACAUUUCAAACAUCUUUUAAUGAGGCUUUUGAAUAUUUCAUUGAUAAGAAUCCAAAAUCAUCCGAGUUUAUAACAUUGUUUCUUUAUGAUCAUUAUACAAAAGGAUUAAAGAGGGAAGAAAAUGAUAGUGUAUUGAAUAAAGCUAUUACAUUGUUCCGCUUUAUUGUCAGAUCGAGAGCUUACCACAAAACUAGAUGA